AUGCCAGUGCUGACACCGGACGACAUUCGGCUGCACCACGUGCGCGACUUCACCCGUCCGCUCUUCUCCCUCCGCCCAGACGUUGCUUUCGCGCUGCUCAAAACCACCUUCGCCUGCGACGUGCGCGCCGUGCUGCCAGAGGUACUAGUACAGACGCAUAUGCUGCUAAUCGCACUUGACCCCACGGUACCGCACUCCACUACACAGCACAUGCUUGCAGCCAUCCCCAACUCGUACGCAGAGAUCCUCGCUGUCACCUCGCUGCACGUGCGUCCAGAUGUCGUCGCAACAAGCAUCCUGCGCCACAUCAGCAUGCCGCUACGGGACGCGCAGAGUCAAUCAUGUCGCCAGACUGUCAGCAGGCGAUUCGCCAUCCCUUCGUCUGUGCUGCCACCGACAAGAGUUGUGGAGGAGGGGUGGGAGUGA